UUGAUAUCGAGAUACUUCCACAAACGUCUGCUGCGACAGGUGAUAGCAGAGCUGGCGGCACCCAGGUAACAAAAACAUCGCACCACUCGUAAACAUUGACACAGAGAGCAGACGAAGACUUGUGUUGGCUGAGUGAACAGGUUUUUACUAAGUCGGGAUUUUGCACAGAGAAACUCGAGUGUGUGGUCUCACAAUUACAGCCCCGUGGUGGUUGGGGGGUGAGGUGUAGAGUCCACUGGUCUCCUAGCCACCUUGUUUGUGAGGGCGGUGCCAUUCUCCCCUCGCCGCCUUACCCUCUGAGGAGUCGGAUAACCAUUUCACAGCUGGAUGCUGUGUAGGGAUGAGGGGGAGGGUUGUGUAAGUACCCUGCGUCACACAAGUAUCAUGAUACCCGGCUACUGUGAGUGGUUUGGGGUUCGGACCCCGCUGCUGUAGCCACUAGGCUUUCCUCGUGGUGCCAGAUAUGUGCUCAUGCAAAUCACUAGCAGGAUUACCUGACAGUCUUCUUUUCUUUCUUUUUUUUAUUGUUAUCGCUGAUGUUUGUUUUAUGAUUACUCUUGAUAUGUACUUGUUUUUUUAAAUUUGUUGCUGGUAUCAGCGCUGUUUUCUUUUUCUUUCGCUUUCUUCUUGCCAUCCUCUUCCUCCAUUAAACCCCGCGAGAACCAAUAUAAUCACGUGUCACGUGGCCUGAUGGUUAAUGCGUGUAUAAUAUUGAAGCUGACACCCUGCCUCCGCUAAAAUAAACAUCUUGAAGAAAAUCUCAUUUUACAGUAAAAUGCAAGGACCUUAAGCCAGGCUUUUACCGGGAUUUGUCCCGAUUUCACUGGAAGAUAACUCGUUUUUCACCAAGCUGUUCUUUCGUGAGAAUAUCUGCCAGGCAGGCCUGAAGUGAGUCACACGAGCUCUUUGAGCUCAGACCCACGGCUCUUUGUGGAUUUGAUCUCUACUUCCGGUGAGGGAGUGCGCGUGCGCGCUUGCCUACGAGCACGUUCAUAAGUGUGUGCGCGAGUGUGGAAACAGGACGUGUGAUUACUUGUCACCUUGUGGUGUGUCACAUGCUAGGGAGGAUUGAAUGACACCCUGCUGUCUACAACGGGUGGAGGGUGGCGGGUGGCCUUAUCAGCUGCGACAAUAGUGAAAGUUCUUGUUGCGAUUACCUCCUUGAAUGGCAUUUGCAGCCAGUGACAGUGACAGUGACAGUGACAGUGACAGUCGUGUGGCAGAAGGAUCAAUACAAGUCUCCUGGAGGCCAUGUCAGGAGAUAUGUAGUAACGCCACAGAUAUAUUGGAGAUAUCAUUAAUGCUACAUGUGAUCAGUUGAUAUUGGUAACGCUAUAUGAUCAACAGAUGCCGGUGACGUCACUAACGACCAGUGGAUGCCGGUGACGUCACUAACGACCAGUGGAUGCCGGUGACGUCACUAACGAUCAGCCACGUGCUGGUGCUGCAGGUGUUGGUGUGGUUAGAAGCUGACUUUUCACUGGAUGUUAACAGAGACCAGUGCAGUUGUAAGAAAAAGUCUCAUACAGUGUUACUGUCACCCGAAUACUCUGGUAGCGACACACAGUUCUCUGUCACUGUCAGCACCUGCCAUUAGCACAGUUUGCAGGUAACAACAGGUGGCACUAGGUUAGCUGCUGCUAGACACAGUUCUCUGUCACUGUCAGCACCUGCCAUUAGCACAGUUUGCAGACACACCCACUCAUUUCGCUGAACAGACGGAGGUGCUACAAAAAGUGCAGCAUGCUGUUAUUUUCUGUCUGUGUAAGGUCACUGCAGUUGUUUGUGUUUGCUCUGUUCAGCAAUAUCUAUAUUUUACAGAGACCGAACACCUCUUGAAGUGCUUGCUAGCCAUUGUUCUUUUGAUGGCACCGCCACCCACCCACCCCAAACAAUGAAACCUUUCAUUGCUCUCCGCUGGAAACUCACUGCCACUUGUUGUGACAUGACUGCAGUGACAGGGUGGAGAAGGGUUUGUUGUUGAUGAAGGAUGCGGAGAUUCGUGCAUGUAGUAGUAGUUGUGUCACAGACUGGCGGAGUCAUUGUCACAUUGUCACAUUGUCACAUUAUCACAUUAUCACAUUGUCACAUUAUCACAUUAUCACAUUAUCAAAUUUUCCUCCUCAACUUUGCUGUGUUUUGAUUUCACUCGUCUUGUGUAUGCACCCUGUACAACCUAACCUCUAUCUACACCAUCGUCUUUGAUCCCGAGCACGGGGACCAUUUAAUAUCCCCGGCUGUUCACAUCUCCACUUUCACCUGCGACACCUGGCCGCCUGCUGACGUCAGAGGGAGUUUGCACGAGGGCGACUGUUGACGGUUGCCCUCACCACAGACUCACUUGUCCGACAGGUUUUCUGACAAGGUGCCGGCCUUUCGCCGCUUGUCCACACUGCAGCUGCUGGCUUUGGGAUGCCUGACACUUUACAGCAACACAGGUUUCCAGACACAAAUGUAGAACAGCGGGGGAGUAGCUGAGAGUCCAUAAAGGUUCCACACGAAUGCACAAGUGUAGAGCGAGUGUUGCAGAACUAAUGAGUGGCUGACACCGCCACUUCUCGUGCUCACAGCCACGUGCACUGACUAAUGCAGGUUGACACUGGGGUCAGCGGGCUGAGGGGCUGUCGUCAUCAUUAGUUUGUGUACCUACAAGUAGAGUCUGGUGUCGUCCGGUGCACCAAGACACAGUCGAUCGAUCAAACGUUUGCAGCCAGGUAUCCAGAUUCUGGUGCAACUUCUGUCAACAAAGCUCCACCCGCCCAACUGACUUCAUUGCAGGCGCUUCACACAAUCGCCUCGUUGUUUGACAGAAAGGAAAAUACAGGGAUACCCGGGUUGACACCCAGUUACAUGUGUUGACAGGACUCAGUCACAGCCACCUGGCACAAUGAUAUCGGGUAGCAGGCUGGCGUCCUCCCACCCUGGUGUCCGAUCGUCAAGAUGUCUGAGAACAGUGACAGGAGACUACAGCUCUUCUCCACACCUGCAAGCGUAUCAAUGGCCACCGCCCUCCACCCGUGAGGAUGGAAGACAGGAGACAGCCAAACGACACGACAUCCGGGACAAGCUGUACAUCAGCUCACUGAGCCCCGCCAGACCUCACCCUGGCCUCGUCACAUCAGCCGGUGUGCACACACCUACCCGACCGUUCACAGUUGCCGACCCUGAAAGACACAAUAUGUUAAGAAGCUGCUCAAGGACCGGAGCAUGGAGACAUCAGGUGGUCAAACACAGUUUGGCUGAGGCUGGUUGUCAUGGGAACCCGACUGGCGUGUGCGCGAUGACUACGGCGCAAAAGAAAGAGAGUGUGGAGCUACCCGUAAACACAGAGCCAGCAGAGGAGGAAGUGAUGGCAGCAGGACAAGACAAGUGGACAGCGCCGGAGUUGUGGCCCUUCUGUCCGACACCAAGGCCCGCCAGCAACGACCAGCGCCAGUGUCUGAAGGGCAGAGAGGGAUGUCUACACUCCAGGCUUAGACAGUGCAUCCGCUACGUCACUAACAGACAGCGAAUGAAGCGAAAGAGUGAGAUGCCGGUAAAGAGCGAGGACGUGUCUUCACGCAUGUACAUCGUCACACGUGCGGCCUCGUCGUCUUCAUCGCCGAUGCAGGUGGACCCUAGCGACCUCUACAAGGCCUUCAUGGACACAAUCGCGCGCCAGACUCACCUGGACUCCACGGCCGUCCACAGACCUUUCUACCGACACAAAUCACAGAGGCUGGCCUGCCAGACCAUUGACAUCACGUGACCUUUAGGACGGCGGCACCCAGCAGCCAAGUGUGACUGUGCCGUUAAUAAAUAAAUGCUUAUUUCAAAGAAUGCACCUCAGGUAAAUCAUCAGCCAAAUCUUGCUGCGCCUCAGGCCUUAUGUCUCCCACACAUUCCUUCAGCUUGUUUAUAUAAAUCUCCUAUAGAGGAUGUGGUCUCCUCGGUCAUGUUUUUACAAUGUACCAGUGCAAGACAAUAACAGCUUGAGUCGUGCUGUGUACACCUGCUCACAUGUUAUGAUGUACAGCCUAGACUGACGGUCAGACUCCGCAAAAGACAAAUAUUUUCAAAAGUGUCUGCAAUACCAGGUGAUGACAAGAUGACAAGAGUUCCGUCAGAUUUCUGUGCGCCUGCAUGCAGGACCAACAGACUGAAGUCGUCCUUCGUUGUUUCGGUCAUGUGACUUCUAAACGCUACAGUGUGAAUGAAUUGAGAUCAUGUGUGUGUGAUUUGUGACUGAGGUUUUCCUGGUGUGGCGGGUAUGAAAGUGGUAUGUGCUGAGGAUUCUUGAUGCUGUGCUGUGUGGCUCCUUAUAGAGCUGCUCUUUCCAAAACGUUUACACUGCUUUUACACCAUGUGUGAUAUUAGGAAUACUUACAGCCCUUUUACUUCUCGACCAAAACCAAAAUAUUAUUGUGCUUAUUGCAAUUUUCUGUUACAAGGGCCAGCAGGGUAUUUAGAACUCACUCUGACACACUCACCACUCGGGCUCCAAGGCUACAUUCACACCCUCCCUGAAAACAUAUCUGUCCACAAAGUACUGACCCUGAAUUACUAAUCUUCACACCCUGGCAGUACUGUCAUGUUAACAAUCAUGUAUCGACUCCACCUGACACUGUUUAUAUGCCUUCAUCCAUUGCUUUAUAUUCUACUUUUGUACCUCAUCUUUAUGCCGUUUAGUUUCUAUAAGUACCUACUGUCUACUGUUAUCUUGUACCUCAUCUUUAUGUUGUUUAGUGUCCCUAGAAGUACCUCACUGUCUGCUCGCUGUUAUCUUUCAUUUAUCAUUGGUCUGACAGUGCGAUAUACCUUGGUCAUGAUGAUCACCUUGUAAGUACCCAUUAUUAUUAUUAAAGAAUGUACAGGGUUCAGAGUUUGUAAGAUAGAUGCAGCAUUGGUGGUGGAAACAGAUGUAUCCUCUAUUGAGAGAAGCAUUCACUGAUCUUUUUUGAAAAGCGUUUGCAUAACACAGAAA